AUGUCCUUAGAACACCGUGGUCGCGACAGCGAAGAUGUCCCCUUUCUCGACGCCAAUGAGACUUCGACUCCCCAUCGCACCGAAUUCGAUGUUGAAUCCGACACCGACAGCAACGAGUUCGACAAACCCCCUCGCGAUGAGCCCAACGCGAUCGAUCCGAACCUGCGCAUGCGCCUGAUGGUCACCCUCUUCACCAUGAUCUUGGCCGUGGAGGUCGGCCUAGUGAUGGCCCACGGCCCCGUUACUCGCAUCUACGAAUCCAUUGUCUGUCGCGAGUACUAUGCGCAAUACGACCCCACGCAGAUCGCCUCCAAUGGCCAGGUGGAUGAGGAGCUGUGCAAGGUCAAGGACGUGCAGUCCGAACUAGCCGCCGUGAAGGGAUACAUGGAGUUUUUCGACGGGAUUUUGAGUAUCUUUUUAGCAAUCCCUUACGGUCUGCUGGCGGAUCGACGCGGUCGUAAACCGACCCUCUGUCUCAGCAUUCCCGGGUUUGCGCUCAACUGUGUCAUCCAGUUCGUGGUGAUGUGGUACUCCGAUAUCUUCCCGCUGCGCACGGUCUGGCUAUCUUGUCUGACCUGGCUGUUCGGGGGAGGCCCGGUCGUCGCGUUUGCGAUCAUCUGGACGAUGAUGUCGGACGUGACGACCGAAGACGAGAGGGCGGCCAUGUUCUUCAAAUUCGGCGUCGCCAGCAUGGGCGCCGACUUCGCGUCCAACGCUGCCAGCUCGUGGCUCAUGGCCAUGGACCCUUGGCUACCAUUGAUCCUCGGCUGGGGCGUCACCAUCAUCGGUGUCUUCUGCGCCCUCUCUUUACCAGAAACGAUGCACGCUCGCCCGUCGAACAGGGACUCCGCCAGCGUGGAGCUCUCGCGGCUCUCCACCGGCGACGUCAAGCGUUCGCUCAGCAAGGAACACGAUCGUCCAGAGAUCAUCAUCACCGACGAAGACGACAACGACGUCUCGGACCCUCUCUUCGCCCACUCCCGGUCCUCCUCAACCACCACCACCACCGCCAACGUGCAGAAACCACCCCUUACCAGGCGCAUCUACAUCUACAUCCGCAACUAUAUCGCGCCCUACACCUUCAUCUUCCGCUACCGCCAAACCCUCCUCCUCCUCAGCACCUUUCUCGUCUACCGCCUCAGCCGAGGCUCCUCAUGGUUCCUGAUCCAAUACAUCUCGACACGAUAUAACUGGACGCUCUCGCAAUCCAACUUCCUGAUCGCCUUCAAACCCGCCCUCACAAUCCCCCUCUUCCUAAUCAUCCUCCCCGCCAUCUCCCGUCAUCUCCUCUCGCACCUCCCCCAGAUCAAAAAAGACCUCACCCUUGCGCGCCUCAGCAUCAUCUGCCUCGCCCUCGGAACCCUCGGAAUUGGCCUCUCGCCCACAAUCGCCGUCCUAAUCCCCAGUCUCCUCGUGCAGACAUGCGGAUCGGCAUUCGUAUAUCUCGCGCGCUCAGUAAUCACAACACUCGUGCGACGCGAGGAAACAGCGCGCCUAUUCACGAUCAUCGAAGUGCUCCAGUCCGUCGGGAACAUCGUGGCCAGUUUGUUGAUCACGGGCGUGUUUCAGAUCGGGCUGCAACUCGGGGGGAUGUGGACUGGGUUGGCAUGGAUGAUGACUAGUGUGGCGUUUAUGGGGGUUGGGGUGGCGAUUUGGAUGUUUCGGUUGCCUGGGGAGAAGGGGGGUGGUGAUGAGGAGGGGGUGGGGAGAGAGGUUUGA